AGUGAUAAUAGUAGAUAGAGCAAAUCACAAGCACAUGCCUUUGUUUGUCUUUCUUCUUCCUUCAUUCAUUGCAUUCUUUUGCAAGUUUUCUUUUUGUCUUCAUUGUAAAUUGUUUGUUCAUUAGUCAUGAUCUUUUUCGUUUGAUCCAAAAGAUUGAUUUCAUCCCCAUGCUAGUCACAGGUCACGUUGUAUAAAUUUCUUGCCUUUUUUUGUAGUUUUGUGGUGAUUCAGCUCCCUGCUCAGAAUUUAUGGGAGAAUCAACGGUGGAUGCUUCAAGUCAUGAAGAUGAGAUGGGAGAGAGAGCUCCCCCAAAUGCUGUUCUGGAAGUGUCGGUUUCAUUCGGUAGAUUUGCGAAUGAUUCACUGUCUUGGGAGAAAUGGUCUUCUUUUUCACCCAAUAAAUACUUGGAAGAAGUUAAGAAGUGUGCAACGCCGGGAUCUGUAGCUCAGAAAGCGGCUUACUUCGAUGCUCAUUACAAGAAGAUUGCUGCUAGAAAGGCUGAGUUAAUAGAUCAAGCGAAGCAAAGGGACAAUGAAUUUUCGAGGUCAAAUGGAGAUCCGAUUGAAGCAAAUUCGAACACCAAGUCAGAAUCUGGUUUAUCUGAGUGCCAGACUUCUGCUGAAGUUGUUAACCAUCAAACCAUCUUGGCUAAUGAAGUCUAUGGAACCCAUGUUGAUGAGCCAAAUCGUGAUGCUGCAAUUACAUUAGGGCUUCCGAGUUCAUCCACUGGGGGAAUGAAAGAGGAAGCUGAAGGAAAAUUAGAAUGUCCGAAGUCAGACAAAUCAGAAGAAGCUGUACAUUUUAUGAUGAAAGACGUGGAAAAUACUUCCAUGGGGGUGCAAGUGAUAAAUGAUUGGCAGCAAAAAGAGAUGGAAACCACUUCAAAUGAUGUGAAGUUGGAUCGUUCAAAGGAAUCCCAUAUGAUUACUCUGGUGAAUAAGGAGAGGAACAUCACAGUGACGAAGAAAAAACCAGCAUUGAAAGUAUCCAAAGCAUCAUCUUUAGCUAAGGCAUCACCUGUAGCCAAGGCUUCACCAGUAUCUAAGGCACCAUCUAUAGCAUCACCUAUUACUAAGGCAUCAUCCAUAACUAAUGCUUCACCCAUUACCAAGGCAUUGCCUAUAGCUAAGACGUUGCCUGUAAGUAAAGCAUCAUUCAUCAGUAAGACAUCACCUGUAGUUAAGGCACCGCGAGUUUCCACUGCAAGAGUGUCAAAGCCAACACUGGCUUCUACUCCAAUUUCUUCUUCAGAGUCUUCAGAAAGGAUAGGAAACAGAUCAUCUUCAUCAAAGUCAAAGAAUCCUUCUCGAGAAGAAAGCAAGAAAUUAGCUCCCAAGUCCUUGCACAUGUCCCUUAGUUUAGGUCCAUUGGACCAUGAUCCAGCUUCUGCUACUAUGACUAGAAAAUCUUUGAUUAUGGAGAGUAUGGGUGAUAAGGACAUUGUUAAACGAGCAUUCAAGACAUUUCAAAACAGAUACAAUCAAUUGAAAUCAGCUGGUGAAGAUCAAUCUCUGGCAAUGAAGCAGGUGCCAGCAAAGGAAACAGAGCCAAGGGUUUCUGCUUUGAUCCCGCGAAAAGAGAAUGGAUGGUCAUUCAAAGCAGGUGAUGUGGAGAAAAAACAUGGUACGGCUGCUCCAUCUUCUUUACCCAUGAAAAGUGAUGAAAGUGCAGAGAAGAGAGCAGAGUUUUCCAGGAAACUGGAGGAAAAAAAACCAUAUGCCAGAGAGGCAGACAGAACUCACCUUCAGAAAAAAUCAAAGAAGAAUAAGGAAGCAGAGAUAAAGAUGGUAAGACAGAGUCCUAAUUUCAAAACCACAACAAUGGUUGGUAUACAUCAUGGACAAAGGAUAACUAAAGUCUCUUUGGAUAAGCAUGUAUCUAAUAUUGCAGAAAGGUUCCAAGAAUGAGAUUCAUCGGUAACCUCGAUCCCAUAUGCCAAAAAUAUGAAGCAGCAUAAGCUUAUUACAAAGAGUGUUUGGUGAAGGAACACAAGACAUGAAACUACUUAUGAAGUUAAUCAAAUCCAUGAACGGAAGAAGAUGCAUAUCAAAGCCAUUGCUUCUGAGUAAGGGCAAAUGACCCCGUUUUAUGAUAUUAUUUCUUGGCAGAGAGGCCCCAGUCAUUUAUGAGUUGUAGGCUGUAGGUACACAUUGUUGCAGAACACAACCCAUAAAUAUUCAUCCUGUUUGAUGGUGGGGCAUAUUGAUAAUGUGAAAGAGAUAAAGAAUGAAGCCAUACUAUGGUAUUUGAUGAACUAUUUACUUCGUUUUAUCUACCCCCUCCUUUACCCAUAAUUUGGAAUAAAAAAAUUAACUAUGGUUUUGUAAGUA